GAUCUUCACACACAAGGUCACAUUUAUCAUGGUGCCAACAGGACUGGCAGGAGAAAACACACAGUUGGGAAAACAUUCAGGGUUAAUUUAAAUUAUUUUAGCAAAGGAAAUUAGUAUAAAUUUACACCUAAUUCUUCAAUUUGCUUUGUGUUGCUACCAGCAAUUCCACAGCAUGAUGCGCCACCACCGUGCACCUCAGCAUUUUAGUUUUUUUUGUUUUGUUUUUUUAAGUGACGUUUUGUUUUAAUUGGACAGUUUUAAUCUAUUAAUUAUUUUGUGAAAACAAUCCUUUGAAAAUAGUCUGAAAUAAAAAAAAAAAGAUCUGGGUCCAUAGAAGCACUUUGCCAACAAGUCAAUGGCUGAAGAUUUAUUUAUUUUUCUCUUUCUGUUUGUUUUGAGCUGGUCGCUGGUUAACACAAUGGGCCUUUUGCUUUUCGCAAAAACGUCCUACACUCUCUUGUCAUUUUAAUGACAAACUUGACAGCGGCGGUCCAUGCCAGGUGCCAAACUCUCCGCCGGCCCCGCGCGUCUUCUGGAGAGAAAAAAUGAACAAAGACCUCAAUUGAGGCCAUUGUUUCCUGAGCAAACAAAAUGAAAUCUCUCGCGCUCGUUUCCCGUCAAUUCGCAUGAAACCGGACUCUGGUCAGUUCCGAGUGUGACAGGAAUGUUGCGGCUAAAGGUGAAUCACGCAACGGUGCGCCUGCAAGCUGAAAAGGAAGAAAAAAAAAAAAGAAAUGCUGGAGUUUCCCCCUCUGGGUGUAGAAGACGGGAAGUGUAGUGAGUGGGAGGUGCAGAGAUGAAGGAAUGGCAGUGAAAGCAAAGACAAGACAUUUGAGGACCUGGGCUGGAGGUUGAUGAGGACGCAGUAGUUAAAAGGAUUUUCCAUGGCUGGGUUCAAUGACAGCUGCACUGACCUGGAUGUCCUCCUGAAACGUUACUACCUAUCUGUUGCUUAUGGCAUCAUCUUUGUUGUGGGCCUCGUGGGGAACAUUACAUCCAUAGGCAUUUACCUGGCAAAGCUGCGUCCAUGGAAGAGCAGCAGCAUCAUCAUGGUCAACCUGGCGCUAACGGAUCUCUUCUACGUCCUCACCAUGCCCUUUCUGGUCUACUACUACAGCAACGGGGAAUCGUGGCUGCUCGGCGACUUCAUGUGCCGCUUUGUGCGGUUUGCGUUCCAUUUCCACCUCUACGGGAGCAUCCUGUCCUUGUCCUGUGUCGCGGUUUUCCGUUUUUUGGUGGUGAUCCGGCCGCUGAGCGUGGCAGAGGUGCAGCAGAAGGUUUGGGGAAUCGUUGCCUGCUUGGUUGUCUGGAUUGUCUCUGCCGUUGAAGUCACACCAAUGCUUACCAUCAUAUCCCUGACCCACAAGGACAACAUGACAUUUUGCACUGACUUUGCAAACAUAGAGUCAGUCGGUAGCAUUCGGGAGUACAACUGGCUGCUCACUGCGUUUGGGUUUGCUCUACCCUCAAUGCUGGUGUUCGUCUGUUACAUCGGCAUUGUGAAACGGCUCACCGGUGGAUCCAGCGCCACCAGCUCCUGCAGGAUGCGAGCGCGGCGUGUCAUCGUCCUCAUCCUGGUGGUGUUUGCGACGUGCUACCUGCCGUACCACAUCUUACGAGUGUUGUGGGUGGAAAUUCGAACAAAUUCAGCAACAAAGUGCAUGAGAUAUGCCGUGAAUGCAGCUUAUAUUAUCUCAAGACCUCUGGCGGGACUCAACACGUUCUUUAACCUGGCUUUGUACACUCUCUCAGGAGACAACUUCAGAAAGGCCUUUGUGGACAUUUUUUGCCGGGAACAAUGGCUCGCCAAGGCAACAUCCCUGCUCCACCUGAACAUCGUCCAGCGGGCUGAGAUUGGCAUGACAAACGACUAAUGACUUUUUUUUUUCUUUUUUUUCUGUAGCAUAAAUUACCGGACGGACACUACAGAGCAUAAUUUGUCACAUCACAAUUGGACAGUUAGUGUUGUCUGGCAUUUGCCAACAGUUUCGGACAGUAUGUGAAUGUCACUGGUUGAUUUAAGCUUUCUAAUUGUUGCUCUGAUUAUAUAUGUACAAGUGUAGGUGUAUACUUAAUAUGUAGUCAUUCUAUCUUAUGUUUUCAGUUAUGAACUAUAGCCAAUUUCUGUCACAUUUUGCUGUACCUUGCCAAAUUACUAAUAACCCUUUUGCCUGUUAUAGAUCUUGUCACUUUAAAAAACUGUAAACACCGAUACAGUUUUCUAAGGUCUAAUGUCACAGACCAGCACAUGUGAAAUGAAAAGAAAGCUAUGCACUGUUUUAAAAAAUAACAAAUAAAAGUCUCAA